AAGAGGAUUUUGCUCAGUCUAAUGAGGCACACCGGAGAGACAAGCUGUACAAUGAAGAAGCUCCUAAAAAUGUUCACCUGUUGUGUUGCUGUGCCCACCGAGGACGGUGUGGCUAGCAAGAAACAGUUGAAGAAGAAGGCUAAGCGCCUGAGGAAAAAGAAAAAGGAUGAGAAAAAGGUUGUGGAGGCCCUUCCACUGGCAACUCCUGACCCACCCAAGGCAGAGGAGGAGACUUGCUCUGGAAUUGGACCUGCUGAAGUUUUGGAGACCCUUCCAGGGCCAACUCCUCAGCUACAGACAGCAGAGGAGAGCAGAUCUGGAAGUGGACCUGUUGAAAUUGUGGAGGCCGUUCCACUGGCAACUCCUGAGCCACUGAAAGCAGAGGAGGAGAUCUGCUCUGGAAGUGGGCUUUCCAUGGAGCUGCCAACUGCUGUGGUUGAACAGCUGGAGAAGGAGGGAACACUGCUCACUAAAGAAGACCUGGCUUUCCUGGAUGCUCUGGAGGAGCGUAAUCGGCGAGAAGAGGAGAGGAUGAGGACCCUGAAGGGCUUCUACAAGCGGAGGGAGGAGGCGGCGGAGGCCUUGAAGGCCAAGGAAGAAGAUACUGCGGCCCUCCGCUCUGACUUCGCUGAAGACCCUCAGGCUGCAGCAGCUAACCAGGAACAAGUGGCCUGAAGCUCUGAGGACGUCAGGGGCGGAGUCAGAUGAAUUCAAAUUUAGGGAUGAGAAAUGGACUGGGAUUUAGGCCUAUCUAUCAUCAAGAGCGGGCCUACAUGAAGAUCUUUUACACACACACACACACGC